CAGGACAACUCUGUAUCGUUAAUCCCCGAGUCCCUUCCAAAUGGCCUAGCCCUACCCAGACGAUACAAGAAGUUGCUGCAUCAUUUUGCUGAAGGCGUUCUGGCAUCAUUAUCGAGCCACCCAACCAUUCACGAUGAUUUCCGUCGCGGCCUCAUGCCCACCAUGCUCGAAUCUCCUCAUCUUCUUUCUGCCAGCCUUGCGCUAUCGGCUGCGAGCUUUGAGUCGAGAGGUAUGACAGAGGUCGAAGGAACCAGCACAUCUCGGAUCAUGGAACACCUGCAGUCAUCGGGCCUGCCAUUACUGAGAUCAGCACUGGCACAGGGACAACAGAGCGAGAUUCUCAUUGCAACAUGUCUGAUCUGGUGCCUCGCAGACGUAUUUUCGGGUCAGCAGGGAAUGCUUAGGUGGCCAAUCCACUUACAGGGUAUCAAAGCUCUUCUUCACGGUCGUCAUGAUUAUCAGAGAUUCGUUACCGGUGAUAUGGCUUUGAGAUCUGCGAUGAAGCAUCUCUUCAUGCUGUAUCGGAGUUUGGAGACUCUACCGCACGUACCUACGAUAACAUCAGAGAAGGUCAACCUGAUCGUUCCCGCAAAUACGGCAUACAACCAUCAGAUUGAUGGCUUUCUGGGGUAUAGCGAAGAGCUGCUCGACGUAUUACAACAAAUCAACGCAUCUACACCAGGAUCAGGGCUAGAAGGCUCUUCUGUUGAUGCUGAUACCUUGCUCGGCAAGCUGAACGCUAUGAUCAGGCGGGAUGUCAAGUCGCCACCCGGCGUCUCGAUAUCAUCUCUUUCAUCACAAUCAGGUCGCGAGUUUGCACUCUGUAAUAAAGUCUUCCAGCAAGCAACCCUAAUCCAACUAUACCGACAAUUAUACGGGUUGCCCUCAUCGUCCCAACCUAUACAAGAUGCAAUUCAGACUAUGAGCGGAAUGAUUAGCAACAUGGCGCAAGGCGAGCCAUGUAACACCUGGGUUGCAAUGGCCAUGCCUCUGUUCACGGUUGGCUGUGAAGCUUACAAGGAGGAACAGAAGGCUUUCAUCCUUGAUAAGAUUCACAAACUUGAGAUUUGUAUCGGAUCAUUACACGUCAAGGUAAUUGAGCAGGCGCUAAAAGACAUUUGGAAAAUUAGAGAGGAUUGUAACGAUUUUGAUGGGAAUUUGUGUGCGAGUCACUUGCUAGGUAAGUUCUGCAUGCAACGUUUCACCGAACUCAUCAAGGUUGACUAA